UUAUAAUAAUGCCACUCACACAUCUGUUUAAAGUAUGACGAACCCAAAAAAUUACGUACUAAGAUAAAGAUAGCGCAAUGAGUAGGUGCUGUCUUGGCUGCAUCAGUAUUAUUUACAUAUACUUACUAUGCUUUUAAAUGAUAAGUGUGACAGUCGCACGGAACGUCCUCGUGUUUCGUCGUUACCCAGCUAUCGGACGUGCUUCAUUGCACCCGCAUCCGUUGCUUUUAAUGCAUUCAACUUUUUUUCUAUUAAGAUAUAUAUACAUGAUUCAAUAUCCUUAUCGUUCGACAUUUGACCUGUUAGAUAAGAGUUACGGCAUGUACAGGGAUGAUGAUAUUGUGGCACACGCGUGUCCAACGACAGCGCAUCGUUGUUCCGUGCACGCGCUCCACUAACCCAAUUACGCGCCGCUUAUUGACAGAACUGUCUUGGCUCUCGGCUCGCCGGUCAGUGAAAGGCGCUCGCCUCGCUACUUAUCAGGCAAACAUUGCAAUAUAUCCCUUUCAAUGAGAAUUAUAAAAGGCGCCCUUGGCUUACGAAGGUAUACGUCUAUGGUCACCUGAAAUUAAACUCCAAAGUGUAGGCAACAGAAUGGAUGCCAAAACCAUAAGGGCGUUGAUGACUUACACCGAUAUAGUCUGAUAUUUAAUGAACAUAGAUUGAAAUCUAGGCACUAUAAAUAGUAAUUAGCCGCCUAUAUUAUAAUAUUUUCAAGCAAAAAAUAUAAAUUUCAUUGUGUCCAAACUAAUCAAUCUGAUGCCGUAAUUAAAACACAAUUGAAGAAGUACUUGGUAGCCGAAUUUGAUGUUUUAAAGUUACACUUUGACAUAUACUCAUAGGUAUAGAGAGAGUAAUGCGACGAAAUGCGCGCACGGCGGCCAGCCGGAGCGUGCGGGAGGGCGCUCCCACGGGUUGCUGAUAUUUUUAGUCCACGACCAUUACUUGGCACUGCCGGCCGCACUCGCCUGCGCUACUGAUCUUUCUGAAAUUCGUUCGCUCUUAGGUACGCUCCCAAUCUCGAGAUAGAACCAGUGUAAUGUCCGGUGGUGAAGCAUUAACCCCGUCGGCGAAUACAAAAUUUAUCCAUUUAAUAAUACUGAAUGUGAAAUUAUGACGUUUAGUGAGUGUUGCGAGACGUGUUACAGUGAAAAUUGUGCUUACAUAAAAGUGAAAACUACUCGCAAGACUAAACAAACAUGGCCAACAUAACUGCAAAUGGUAAUGGCACAACAAGCCCUCGACGGCACCGCUACCAAAGAUCUUCUACUACAGCAAGCGUAACUCAGCUGUUAUCUGAUGGAUAUUCCAGUUUUAUCAAUAGAUUGACGCGACGGGGACCCUCUGAGAAAUCAGAUGCCGAUACAAAGUUGACAGCCGCGAGAACUAGAUAUGACGAUAAGCUUUUAUCCAACAAAAACUUAUCGCUGUCGAGCGUGCAACGAUAUGACACCAAUGGGCACAUCUCGCCGUAUACGUCGCUCUCCGGUGUGACCAGUGCGAGGAAACUGAACGACGACCUUCAGAAAAAGGAGAAGGCCAGAAAAGACAUUGUGGACCGAGAUAAAACGUUAGAGCCCGAACCGCCGAGAGGGCUGAUGAAAAGUUUAACGACUACUUUCUUUGGGGAAAAUUCUUUUAAAAGAAAUAAUGAUUCUCGAGAAAAAACACGAGAUAAGACGCCUUACAGAAAUACAGCUGACCGUCGAAUGCCUUCAAUGGGUAAAAAAAACACAGAGAAAGAGCUCUAUAAUAAAAAUGGCAUAGAUGAUCCUCAUAAAGACCAUCAUUACGGAAAGGAUAGAGAUAGCAUUUAUCGCAGACACAGAAGGAGGUCCCUGAGGGCCGAAAGAAGCGAGAACAAUGACCGUAAAAAACUAUCGCUUCGACCUAUUGAUAUCAGCAUUCACCCAGGUGCUCGGGACUUGGUAUCCCCGCCGCAGCACAGUAUUUACGAUACGAAUUCGAAAAACAAAGUGACAAGAACGCCAACCUCGCCGGUGGGAGAAGUGGGUAGACAGAGACAGAUUUACUUUCCGUCUAGCGACGAGGACGACGACAAAACCCCUGUCGGCGACCGCAUGCUCAGCGAGCGGGAAACGCGACGCAAAGAAAUCCAGAGUUUGAUAAUGAAGUAUGCCCACCUAGACGAGAUGUACGGGCGCAUGGCAGAGAAAGGGUCGGAACUGACGGAACCUGGGCGCAAGCCGGAACCUCUAGGCGUGGGCGACGUGGUGGCGCUGCCGCCCGAGCUGCGCAGCCGUCGGCGCCCGCAGCGCCCGCGCCACCACAUGCGGCGCGCGGCGACGCCGCCUAGUUCCCGCGCGCGCUCCUCCGUCAAGGACGACAAGGACGGACACCUCGUCUACUGGCCCGGAUAUGUCAUGGGAGCGAGAUACAAAAUCAUCGACACGCUCGGUGAGGGCACGUUCGGCAAAGUGGUGGAGGUGAAAGAUUUAGAAAUGGAACACAGAAUGGCUCUGAAGAUAAUAAAAAAUGUAGAAAAGUACAGAGAGGCUGCGAAACUAGAAAUAAAUGUAUUAGAAAAGUUAGCUGAAGUUGACCCAGACUGUAAAAACUUAUGUGUAAAAAUGUUAGACUGGUUCGAAUACCACGGGCACAUGUGCAUCGCAUUUGAAAUGCUCGGACAAAGCGUAUUCGAUUUUCUGAAAGACAACAACUACCAGCCGUACCCGCUGGAGCAGGUGCGGCACAUCGCGUACCAGAUGGUGUACUCCGUGCUGUUCCUGCACGACAACAAGCUCACGCACACCGACCUCAAGCCCGAGAACAUCCUCUUCGUGGACUCCGACUACGAGGUGCUCAGUGUGUACGCUAGCUCUAAGAAGAAGCACGACCUGCGGCGCGUGAAGCGCAGCGACGUGCGGCUCAUCGACUUCGGCAGCGCCACCUUCGACCACGAGCACCACUCCACCAUCGUGUCCACGCGCCACUACCGCGCGCCCGAGGUCAUACUAGAAUUAGGGUGGUCGCAGCCGUGCGACGUGUGGUCGAUCGGCUGCAUCAUGUUCGAGCUGCACCUCGGCAUCACGCUGUUCCAGACGCACGACAACCGCGAGCACCUCGCCAUGAUGGAGCGCAUCCUGGGGCCCAUCCCCUACAGAAUGGCGCGCAAAACGAGAACGAAAUACUUUUACCACGGCAAAUUAGACUGGGACGAAAAGUCAUCAGCCGGUAGAUACGUCAGAGAAAACUGCAAACCAUUAUUAAGGUACCAACAGAGCAACAGCGAGGAGCACCGGCAGCUGUUCGACCUCAUCACGCGCAUGCUGGACUACGAGCCCAGCCAGCGCAUCUCGCUGCGCGACGCGCUCAAGCACCCCUUCUUCGCCAAGCUGCCCGCGCACCAGAAGCUAGGCAGUGACCGCGCCCGCGCCGGCGCCGCGGCGGGCUCGCGGGAGCGCUCGCACUCGCUGUCGCGGUGAGCCUGCAGCACGCUCCUGCGGCACGCUCCUGCAGCACGCUCCUGCGGCACGCUCCUGCAGCACGCUCCUGCAGCACGACGCUCCUGCAGCAAGUCGCCGGCCAGCGCCGAGCCGAGCCGAGCCGGGCCCGAGGCCCACGUUGUACAUAGAUCGUUAUAAUGAAGUGAUAAGUGAUCAUUAUUUUGUCGGACGUUGUAAUCUAGGUAAUUUGUUGUGAAUCGGUCCCUCUCAUUUGUAUUUAUAAAUAAUUAUUCAAAAUAAAGACUGUCGGUCUGAAAUUA